GUUUGACUGGGCCGCCGUUGUUGUAGUGACCGGGAAGCGCCGCCGCUCUGAGCAGACGGUUCCGGGCGCCGCACGGUCCCCCCUCCUACCCCAUCCCCUCCCUUCCCCGGCUCCCCCCGCGGGCUGGAGCCCGGCGCCGACCGCGCUUCCCAUGGCCUCCGCCCUGGAGGACCCCGUUCUGGAGCGCUAUUUUAAGGGCCACAAAGCGGCGAUCACCUCCGUGGACUUCAGCCCCAGCGGCAAACAACUCGCUACCGCUUCUUGGGAUACGUUUCUCAUGCUAUGGAAUUGCAAGCCACAAGCCAGAGCUUUCAGAUUUGUGGGUCACAAGGAUGUUGUAACCAGCGUGCAGUUUUCCCCACAUGGAAACUUACUGGCCUCUGCUUCACGGGACAGAACUGUCAGACUGUGGAUUCCUGAUAAGAGAGGGAAAUCCUCCGAAUUUAAAGCUCAUACAGCUCCCGUUCGAAGUGUAGACUUUUCAGCCGAUGGCCAGUUUCUAGCUACAGCCUCUGAAGACAAAUCCAUCAAAGUAUGGAACAUGUAUCGCCAGCGUUUCUUGUAUUCCUUGUACCGACAUACGCACUGGGUACGCUGUGCCAAAUUUUCACCUGAUGGAAGGCUAAUUGUAUCAUGCAGUGAAGAUAAAACUAUUAAAAUUUGGGAUACCACCAAUAAGCAGUGUGUUAAUAACUUCUCAGAUUCUGUAGGGUUUGCAAAUUUUGUGGAUUUUAACCCUAAUGGUACAUGCAUAGCAUCAGCAGGUUCUGAUCAUACCGUGAAAAUCUGGGAUAUAAGAGUAAACAAGUUGCUUCAGCAUUAUCAAGUUCACAGUGGUGGAGUUAACUGUGUAUCAUUCCAUCCUUCGGGCCACUACCUCAUCACUGCCUCUUCAGACGGUACACUUAAGAUUCUGGAUCUCUUAGAAGGAAGGCUCAUAUACACCCUUCAAGGACAUACGGGACCCGUCUUUACUGUUUCAUUUUCAAAAGGUGGAGAGCUGUUUAGCUCAGGAGGUGCAGACGCACAGGUCUUAUUAUGGAGGACUAAUUUUGAUGACUUGAAUUGUAAGGAUAUGAUAAAAAGAAAUCUCAAAAGGUUACAUUUUGAUGCGUCACCUCAUCUUGCCGAUAUAUACCCAAGGACACCACAUCCCCACGAAGGGAAAAUCGAGACCAUUGAAAUUAAUCCAAAGCUUGAGGUAAUUGAUUUGCAGACUUCUCCCCCUGUUGUGGAUGUCCUUUCUUUUGAUUCUACCACAACAACAGAUACCACCACUGUUAGAACCUUAGCAGAUAAGAGCGAAGAGAUCAGCGGAUAUUUCUUGAACCCUUCUUUAUUGUCAUCGGAAUGUUGCCCAACGUCCUUGAAAAAGAAAACAGAAGACGUGAGUGACCUCCCUUCUGAGAGCCAAAGAAGCAUACCGCUCGCUCUAACUGACGCUUUAGAGCAUAUUAUGGAACAACUCAAUGUUUUGACCCAGACUGUUUCAAUCUUGGAGCAGCGACUGACUUUGACAGAGGAUAAGCUCAAAGACUGCCUUGAAAAUCAGCAAAGGCUUUUCAAUGUUAUCCAACAUAAAAGUUAAAUAGAAAAAUGUGAACAGAGGCUUGAUAAAUGACCACAUGUACCUGUGCUCAGGAAAGCAGUGCAAGAUGGUUCCGGCACCUCGACCGUGUACUCACUAUCAUGGCCUUUCUUAGAAGGGCGAGCAACAGAACAAAAGGCAGAAAAGGCAUAAUUAAUGACCAAUUUAAAUACACAAAUCAAUGGCAAGGACUAAUUCAGAUCAUUAACAUUUAUGAUUGCAGUAAUAAAGUAAUAAGUAUCCAAGCGGCUCGAUAUUUCCCCCCAUAUUAUUGUAAAUGCCAGUUGUCAUUUAUAGUACAAAUCCUGCCAGGAAAGUAACCAAAUCUCCAAAUUUCACUGUUAAAUCAUUUCAACUGACCACGUUCAGGCGAUUGCUUCAAGCAGUGGAUGUGUUCCCUUCAUGAACAACACGCCUGGGGUGAAGUAAUACAGUUACCUCUCCUGCAUCCUGGACACAGGGAAUGAGCCAGCAGUCUGGCUCAUGGGUCUGUCAGCUCAGAAAAAACUUACUCUUCCUUAACCAUGUCCCGACAUGAUGAUCUUAUAAAAUUCCUAAAACACAGACUUUCCAAAGCAAGAACACACUUACAUACGUGACACAGGGCCGUGGGUUUUUCAUUUAUGCUGUACACGGCUUAUCCUUUGCCCUCUUGGGUGAGUGCCCGGAAUGAUUGGGGUUGUGCCCAGAACUGUGACCCCAGGUUACAAAGAUGGCGCCAGUGGGAUUUCCCUAGGCUCUGGUGCUUCAAUGAGGCAACAGUGAUACUUACAGACGUGCACACACACACACACACACACACACACACGUAUGUCCACAUGCUUCGAAAUGUUGCUGCUCAGAGUGAUUUUGGUGGCUGGGUAGUAAGUACGUAUAAUAUUCACAUCAUUGUCUUCCUUUUUUUUUUUUUUUUUUUUUUUUUUUUUAGUGAAUUUUGAUUUAAAACAAAAUGAAAAUGAGCCUGACAUUCCAAAAAAUGCUCAGGGUGAUCUGGUUACAAAUGAAGAAUUCUGUUUUAUCUUAAAAAAAAAAAUAAUAAGAGAUUAAAUUGAAGAAAAAUGAAUUUUUGCUUGCUUUUCUGUUAACCUAAAUCAAGAACAAAGGUGGGAGAGGGCAGUCUGUAUUUAUGCUGUCUGUAGGUAACAUGGGGAAAAUGCGAUCUAUGUUUUGAAAAAGAAGAAAAGGUCAAGUCCUAUUUGUGUAGGAGUCCUUGUUGAUAAAAUUUUCCCAAGCAAUUUCAAUCAUAUCUAUAAGGUGGUUUUUUAAAAAAAUCAUCUCGUUGUGUGUUUUAAGUGCCUUUUUAUAUUAUACCAAGUGUGAACUUCUAGACAUUUUCAAAAGUUUAUAAAGACUAAGUGACAUUGUAUUUUUAUAACCUCAUUCAAAAGACUAAGAAAUGAAAUGUCAUACCGAUUUUUGUUUACCAUUUCUUAAGCUUCAAACAAUAAAGACAUUUUACCUUUAAAAAAA